UGAAAUCUGAGUACCUAGCAGCUACAACAUCACAACAGGCUUCGUUAUUUCAACCUAAAGUGUGUCUCACAGGCACCAGUAAGCGAAAAUAAACUAACCACAAGCUUGACUGACUGCUGUUCCCGUUUUAUUCCUGCACCGACGAGGAUACAUACAGAUGGAUAACAGAAGCCCUUCAGAAGAGAAGUCUGUCCAGCGCUCCAAGUCUUUUAGCUUUAAGCCACAGACUGAGACCUGUGCUUCCUGUGAGAAGAAAGUCUAUCCGAUGGAGAAACUGGUGGCCAACAAUCUGAUCUUCCAUUCAACGUGCUUCUGCUGCAAGCACUGCAACACCAAGCUCAGUCUGGGCUCAUACUCGGCGCUGCAGGGAGAGUUUUACUGCAAGGCGCAUUUCCAGCAGCUCUUCAAGAGCAAAGGAAACUACGACGAGGGAUUCGGCCGCAAGCAGCACAAGGAGCUCUGGGCUUCUAAAGACGCCGAGAGCAUCGCCAAGACUCCAUGAUGACCUCUUCAUCCAUCCAUCGUCAUCCUCCAUUGAUCUCCUGUGCUUACUUGACUGAAUCUGGUCCUCUGUGUAAAAUCUGCCCGCCCUCAAACAUGCACACACACACACACACAGAUGCAUGAUCUGCUUAGUUGCUUUUAUUUGAUCAUUACUUUACUUCAGCAAAUAGUUUUAUUUUUUUACGCCACUGUUCUUCAUCUGUGUGGGUUUUAUCCACACUUACUUGCUGAUUGUGACCAAAUUUUAUUUUAUUAGAUUUUUGUUGCUUUUAUUAUUAUUGUUUUUAGCAGAACUAGUAGUCAGGUACUCACGCUGGUAAACAAAAGGUCCUUCAAUGAACCUUUGCAUGAUUUUUCAGGCCGUUCACUCAGGUAGAGAAUCAGGUGUAUGAAACUUCGUUUUAGUCUUUUAAAGGGAUAGUUUUAGCAAAUUCAACAGGCACAUUUUCUUAUACCCCAAAUGUAAAGUUCAGAAAUGCAUAUUAAAGAAGCUUGUUGCUUCAAAAGACCAAUACUUUUUUUUCAUUCCUUUUCAGCUGCAUUACCUUUGUAGUCAAUGUUUAGAACCGAAAAGCAAAUGUUGGACACCAAGUGGAUUUUGGCUAAU